AGCCGUCUCUGUUCAUUUGCAUCGAGCUCCACCAGCGGGACAAAAAAACUUUCUGAAAGCCCUUGCAGGGGAUUGCUGAAACAGCUGGAAAACUUUUAUUUUGAAGAAAGGGCAGCCUUCAAAAGAGAGCUUCCAAACGGUUUGCUUCCCAGAGAGAGGGAGACUCUGCUGAAGACUUUGACCAGCGUGUGUCAGAAGUGACUGAAGUCAUCUGGCAAACUUUUUUUCCUCCCCUUUUGGUACCUGUCUUUGCACUUGGCAAAGUUUCCUGUUUUCCUUGCACCGCUGAAAGGAUUCCAGCACACUUCUCCUGCUUCAAUCAACUUGACUCCCAACCGCCUGUACAGCCUACAUGCUCGGGGAUUACUUAGACAUUAUGUGGGUCUUAUGGCCCCAGUUUGUUCGACAGUCAGAGAGAGGGAGGGAGGUUUUCCCCAGCACCAAGAAAAAAAAUCUUCUGUUCUGUCUGUUCUCUACAGUUCAGUAGCUAAGGACAAGUUUCCUGCUCCCAAAUUUUCUCUGGAACUGUUUUCAGGAAAAAGCAAUUACCCCUCCUCAUUUAAAUGGAUGAUUGUGUUACAAUUAGGAAAAAGCAUCUCCAAAGACCUAUCUUUCGAUUAAGAUGUUUAGUAAAGCAGCUGGACAAAGGUGACGUUAAUGUGGCUGAGCUGAAAAAGAAUAUUGAAUAUGCAGCAUCUGUGUUGGAAGCAGUAUAUAUUGAUGAAACAAGGAGACUCUUGGACACUGAGGAUGAACUCUCAGAUAUCCAGUCCGAUUCAGUCCCACUGGAAGUACGGGAUUGGUUGGCCUCCACCUUCACAAGGAAAAUGGGGAUGACAAAAAGGAGGCCAGAGGAAAAACCCAAAUUUCGAAGCAUCGUACAUGCAGUGCAAGCUGGAAUAUUUGUAGAAAGAAUGUAUCGAAGAACUUCUAACAUGGUUGGUUUGGCUUACCCACCAGAAGUGAUCUCAACUUUUAAGGAUGUUGAUAAAUGGUCAUUUGAUGUGUUUGCCCUCAAUGAAGCAAGUACAGGGCACAGCUUGAAAUUCAUGAUGUAUGAAUUGUUUACCAGAUACGACCUUAUGAACCGUUUCAAGAUUCCUGUUCCCAGUCUUAUUUCAUUUGGGGAAGCUCUGGAAAUAGGCUACAGCAAAUACAAAAACCCUUACCACAACCUAAUCCACGCAGCGGACGUCACCCACACUGUGCAUUGCAUCAUGCUUCUGACUGGUAUCAUGCACUGGCUCACUGAACUGGAAAUACUAGCAAUGAUCUUUGCAGCUGCAGUCCAUGACUACGAGCACAAUGGGACGACAAACAACUUCCACAUUCAGACCAGGUCGGAUGUUGCCAUUCUGUACAAUGACCGUUCGGUUCUUGAAAACCACCAUGUGAGUGCUGCUUACAGAAUAAUGCAGGAAGAAGAAAUGAACAUCCUGGUAAACUUAACCAAAGAUGAAUGGAGGGAACUGCGCAACCUAGUCAUUGAGAUGGUCUUGUCUACGGACAUGUCAGGUCACUUCCAGCAAAUCAAAACAAUGAGGCACUCUCUGCAGCAGACGGAGGGGAUAGACAAAGCCAAAGCCAUGUCUCUGAUUCUACAUGCCGCUGACAUAAGCCAUCCUGCAAAGUCCUGGGAACUGCACUACCGGUGGACCAUGGCACUGAUGGAAGAAUUUUUUCGACAGGGAGACAAAGAGGCUGAACUUGGGCUGCCAUUUUCUCCCCUCUGUGAUCGCAAGUCUACCAUGGUGGCUCAGUCCCAAAUAGGUUUCAUUGAUUUCAUAGUGAAGCCAACAUUUUCUCUCCUUACUGACUCCAUGGAGAAAAUUGUUUUUCCUCUUAUAGAGGAAGCUUCGAAAUCAGAAAGCCCUCCCUUUGUGACAACACCUAGUGAGAACAACACUGGAGUCAGCAGCAGUGACGCGCACAAAAGAAUUGGGACUCGAAGCACUGUAUGCUAUGGUGGAACUUGCUCGGAGAACUCAUUAGCAACUGUGGACUUAAUGAGCUUCAAGGACAGCUUGGUUCAUAUCAUCCAAGAAAACAAAGACCGGUGGAAAGAGUUAGCCGAAAAAGAAGAACUUGUGCAGAAUGUUGGUGGGCAGCACAAAGGCCAGCCUAAAGACCGAAGCAAACCUGCUGCAGGCACACAAUUAGAGGAGGUGGCAUCCAGGACACCAAAUGAGAACAAGCAAGGAAGCGACGACACAGCAUUGUCAAUAGACUCGCCCCCCACCUCUGUAGCUCUUCAAGUGGACUCUCUCAAUUCACCCAUCAAUGUUCCUGAUCCUGAGACCGUGUCUAAAAUUCUUGUGAAUACAAAAGAAAUGUCAGAUGUACAGCAAGAAACGCAGACUGCCUCUCCUCUGAAUGGUGAACGAAAACUUUGCAAGAAUACAGAAGAACCAGUAAAAGCAUCAGAGGCAAACCAGGCUGUACUACGCAACUAGAGGACCUACAUCUUCCUUGUUUCUUGACAUUUUGGAAAUGAGAGGAUGAUAAAACGGCGCUAUAAGUAUCUUCAUUUCCCACCAGGCUGUUAUCUUCCCUGCCAAAUCAUCCUUGGACCGUUUUAUCUAUAUGUAGGACUGAUGGAUACAAAUGUUUGCCUUUAAAAAAACUGCAAAGCCUUGAGCAGGUAACUCAAGGUGCUUAUAGUAGAGCUCAAGAUUUGGAGUUAUUUUCUUUCUGCUUAAUUUUGCUGUCCUGAACUUAGCUGGAAUACAUUUUUAGGCAAAAAAGAGGGGUGGGGGAGGAAGAGAAAGAAAUGAUUUCAGCCAUUAUUGUUUCGUCAUCUACAAAUGUGUGCCACAGAAGACUGAUUUAUAGAGACUUAGAAGAUUGAUUUUGGCUACUUGCAGAUGAAGGGUGGGCCACAGUGCUGAAGUUUCUACUCCAGUUUUUUUUUCCUGCUGUCACAUUUCAGAACCACAUUUAUACUCAAAUGUACAGUUUUUAAAAACUUUCCGGAAGGUUGGACCUGGGAAGAUUUAAGAAUCACUGCAAAUCUCUUAGGUUUGAGCAACUAAUGUACCUCAGAACCAUGUCCUUAUAUGGUGAAGAUCUGUUGAAAACUACCAACAUAGUGGUACAUCAGAGUAAAUAAUGUCACUGUGGAAGGAAGUGCCACGGUUUGGUGUUUCAGCGCAAGCAAAGAGGUCGGUCCCUGGCAUCUCCAGUUAAAAGGAUCUCAGGUAGCUGACCUGAAAGAAACCUCCAUUUAACACUGGAGAACUUCUGCCUGCCAUGAUGCAUGUGACUGGGCUAGAUGUGCUCUGAUUCCAGAUAAGGUGGCUUCACAUCUUCAAUGUCAGCUCCAGUACGGAUGCUGUGGAACUAUAUCAUUUCUAUAGACAAAGAACCACCGCUGAUUGGAACGCAUGGAUAAAACUUGUUUGAAACCAACUGCAAAGUUGUGCAUGGGAGAAUCAGAAACCUGUCUGGCCCUCUCAAGGCAUUACCAGGACAGCAUGUGUGACGUCAUAGGAAUUUUGGUGAUGUCAUAGGAAAUUGAGCGGCUCUGCACAGCUCUGUGGAUUUUCCUUGCUUCUUCUGACCCUCCCCUAUUUGAGCUACUUACGUUCUACUCUAUCAGGGAUCGGUGUGAGACAAAACUAAGAAGUUGUAAUGCACGUCAGUUGCCAUGAAAGCCAUAUAUGAGCUGUGCAUCUUAUGUAUGAAUUAUUUAAUUUAAGGGGGGUGGGGGUGGGGAGGGUUGUGUGUGCAUACAAAAAGUGAAAAUGAAACUAAUUAAAAAAACCUUUUGUGCAUAAGGGCCACUGCUUGCAUUUAGCAUGGACUUUGUGUACUGUGCAGUAAACAAAUGACAUUUUAAUGAAUAAACAGUAUGAUAUAUUGUA